AUGACGGAUUGGAUGCGAGAACAGGUGGACGUGAAUGAGUGGACCAAAGGCCGACUCGUGUGUCCCACCGAUGGCUGCCAUCAACGGAUCGGUUCAUUUGAUUUCAUAAAUGGCCACAAAUGUCGGUGUCGUUCAUACGUGUUGCCAAACAUCCAGAUAAUUAAGUCCAGAGUCGAUAAACAGAUGGCUAAAAAUAUAGCGUAA